ACCCGCGGCGCCGAGGAGGUGAUAAAAGGGGGUGGUGGCGGCGGCUCGCGGCUCACGGGGCGGCGGGCAGGUGCGCGCGGGUUGGCGGUUGGGGACGGUUGGCGCGCGUUGGCAGGUGCUUCUGGGGCUGCUCCCUCAUGAGGCCGCAGGAGCCGGCGCAGGGCGGCCCCGCCGCCAUGGCCGCCGCUGCGCUGCCGCCGCUGGCGCUGGAGAAGCUGAAGCAGCGGGCGUGCGAGAGCGUGGAGCUGAACGCGGCGCGGCUGGGCGCGCUGAGCCACGACAUCUGGAGCCGGCCCGAGCUGGCCUACGAGGAGCACCAGGCGCACGACGCCAUGACCCGCUUCUUCUCCAGCGGGGAGCUGCCGGGCGCCGCCUGGGCCGUGCAGCCCCGCUACAAGCUGGGCACGGCCUUCCGCGCCGAGUGGGGUACGGCCGCCCCCCAGGGCCUGCGCCCCCGCCGUGUCGCCUUCCUCUGUGAGUACGACGCCCUGCCCGGUAUCGGCCACGCUUGUGGCCACAACCUCAUCGCCGAGGUGGGUGCCGCCGCCGCGCUGGGGCUGAAGGCCGCCCUGGAGAGCUUGCCCCAGUCGCAUCCCGCUGCUGUCCAGGUUACAGUGCUGGGGACACCUGCGGAAGAAGAAGGAGGAGGCAAAAUAGACCUCAUAAAAGCUGGAGCGUUUGAUGAUCUGGAUGUGGUUUUUAUGGCACACCCGUCGCAAGAAAAUGCAGCCUAUCUGCCCGAUGUAGCAGAGCACGACGUGACUGUGAAAUACUAUGGAAAAGCUUCUCAUGCUGCUGCUUAUCCUUGGGAAGGAGUUAAUGCAUUAGAUGCUGCUGUUCUUGCAUACAACAAUCUGUCUGUUUUAAGACAGCAAAUGAAACCAACCUGGAGAGUUCAUGGUAUAAUAAAAAAUGGUGGUGUGAAACCUAACAUCAUUCCUUCUUACACUGAACUAGAGUUUUACUUGCGUGCCCCUUCAGUGAAAGAUCUUUCUGUUCUGACAGAGAAAGUUGAAAACUGCUUCAAAGCUGCAGCACUGGCCACAGGAUGCAAAGUGGAAAUAAAAGGUGGUGAACAAGAUUACUACAAUGUGCUUCCAAAUAAGAGCCUGGAGAAUGUUUACAAGGAGAAUGGAAAGAAGCUUGGAAUAGAAUUUAUAUCAGAUGACUGUGUUUUGAAUGGUUUGUCAGGUUCCACUGACUUUGGAAAUGUUACAUUUGUAGUUCCUGGGCUUCAUCCUUACUUUUAUAUUGGCUCAGAUGCCUUGAAUCAUACUGAGCAGUACACAGAAGCUGCAGGGUCACAGAAUGCUCAAUUCUAUGCUUUGCGCACAGCAAAAGCUUUGGCAAUGACAGCACUGGAUGUAAUUUUCAAGCCAGAUCUGCUAGAAGAAGUCAGACAAGACUUUAGACAGAUGAAACUAAGAGAGGAGGGGCAACUAAAUCCAGUAGAACCAAGCAAAGAAUCUGGCCUUAGCAUAGGAGCUGCAUGUGCAUCACAUUAAACUUUAAAUGUCUGUUCCCCACCUUAGUGGGGAUGACUUGAUGGUGAACCUGUAUUUGAAUUCCAGAAGAGUCUGGAUAAACAUGAUUGAAGAAAUGAUUUUUUUUGUACUUUAGGGGUAGAAAACCAAAUAGUAUCAUUCAAAAAAAUGCUUAAUUUCAUGUAGCUGUAAUCUUUGCUGUAUUAAAUGUGAUGAUGAAUUUCAGAGAUAGAUCUCAAAUACAUUGUUUUUCAGUUGCAGUGCUGAAUAAUUGAUAGAGUUUAGAUCUCUUGUCAGUGAUUUUUUACUGUACUACUAUAGAAAUAUACCUUAUAUGGAAAAUACAGCUUUUACGUGGACAUUUUUAUUCUAAAAUAAGCAUUAUUCACUUGGUGAUCAUAGGCCGAUUCUGACCUACUAAGCAUUUCCACCUGACUAGUCGCCUUUUCUUGGAACAAGACAGAGGCAAGCACUAGCAAGAAAGCUCUCUCUGGCAUGCGUCCAUAUGCUUAAAACUUGAGCUGCUUCCAUUGAAGAGAAGGGUAUGUUUGAAGGCAUGCCUGUUUUUGACAACAGUAGCUCCUAGCAAUGGAAUAGAGGGAACUGUAUGUUCUUCUGUAGAAGCAGAAUUUAUCAAGGUUGGACUGUCCUGAAAUGCAUUGACUUUACUCCUAACAAAUUUUUGCAGGUUGCAUUGCUUUAUGCAGUAGCUGCCUUCUCAAGCCUGUUUGUGCCCAUAUCCUAAAAAUCAGAUCUGUUCUCUAAGUCUCGCCAGUCCUCCUUUCUGUAAGAUUGCCCUGUGGUUAGUCUGCCCAGUCCUUACUAUUUGGCUUCCUAGUGGUUGAGAUGUAUCUAGAUGUAGUUCUGCUUGUCCAAAUCUGUUAGGAAAUGUUUUUAAUUGGCUUGUUAAAGGAUCAUGUGAACACAUAGAGAAAGAACUAAUCUUUUGGUUAGAUGCAAAUUGCUGAGAUGAGGACAGACUGAGUGAAAAGCAACUUACUGCUUAGCAUUUUCCUAAGCAUAGGUAUUGUAUUAAGCUUCUGAAAAGACAUCAAGCUAAAUGUAUCCCUAAGAGGAAGUCAGAGUACCUCAAAUAAUUUCUGAAAGAUUAUUUUUAGCAGCAUCAGUCUCUAAAUGAUAAACUCUAAUAAAAGAAAAUAAAUUCUAAUUAGAACUUUAAUAAAAUUUUGAUAUGAUAGGACAUUUUCCUGCUUUAAUGUUAAUCACUCUUCAAAAAGCCAAGAUUCUACUGUAUAGUUAAAUUUUAGCUUUAACAUUUGCAAGAACACUGGUCACUGCACUGAUUGAAAUAUUCUGUAGCAGAAACAAAACCUCUUUGGUCAAAAGGCAGGUUGGUUAUCCAUGGUAUGGUGUCUAAUGAAAAUGCAAUUUAAAAAACAAAGAUUUCUAAUCUUGGUUUAAUUAUGGUCUCCCUCUGUGUGUGUGUGUGUGUGUGUGUGUGUGUGUGUGUGCAUGCACUGUUUAACACACACCUCCAGCUGCAAGUUAAGAACUGUCAAGAGUCUCUUGGAAGCAAAAAGUACGACUGGCUUCUGUUUGUAUGAUGUCAUGCAGACACUGUAGUACCAGUUCGAAAGGUCUGUUAUAUAGGCCUUUAACUCUGUAGUAUCAAAUAUUUACUGUAAAUGCUUUAGUAUUUUUUGUGAGUUUUUUUGGCAAAUUAACAGAAAACCUUCUCUUCACAGCUUUUCUGUGUUCUUAUAGCUUCAUUUGACAAUUUUUGUACUUUCUGAUACUUCAACCUCUGUACAUCUACUAAUAGGACACAUCUGUUAAUGCAUUAAACGCUCACAGUGCCUUUGGAAAAAGGAAGUAAUCACAUCUAUAAAUAAGAAACAGAGGCACAGAUGAAGGGAUUUGUUUUGUAUUACAAGCCAGUUUGAAGAGCUGGAAUGUGAUUGCAGGUCUUCCAGGCUGCAAGGUGGUCCUUAGGUGCAUGAGCAUUUUUGCUUUCAACAGCAGAUGGUUUUGAUAGAUGAAUGCAUGAAUCCACAGUCAGAUGAGGGUUGAAUUCUGAGCUAUGGAUAGGUCCAGGAUAAGUUGGAUACUAAAUCCAACUGAAAUGUUAGAUUAGAUCAUUUCUACUGAUCCUUGUUAAACUUUGUCUAAAGCACUUUCUCAAUGUUUAAUUUAAGCCCUGCAUUGCCAGAUCUUGGCCACAGUUAUUAUUCAGAAAUUUCUACUGGGUUAACAAGUUUGUGAACUUCCUUAGCAUAUUUGGCUUUUUGUUUCCUCCUGUAUGAACUGCUUAACGUCUUCUUUAGAAGGCUUUAGAACUUCUUUCUGAGAAGGUAUUACAGCCUUCUCAGCUCUCUUCAUCCAGAUAUGUGGCUGUUGGCUGCAUCGUUUAAUUAAAUGAUGAGAUCAUUUAUUUAAACAUCUCUGCUGUAAAAGCACAUCUUAAUUUUGCUGUAAUCAUUGCUGGAAUUGAAAUGAAAAUGUUUGAAGUGUUGAUUAAAGAUGAGUUGAUAUCAAUAAAGCAAUGUAGUUGUGACUCAAA